AUGAAGAUUUAUAGGCUUAUAGAACCGCCUUCAAAUCUCCGAUUGGAAUUGGUGUAUGGGAAAGCUUGCCAUCUUCCUGUAGAACUUGAGCACAAAGCUUAUUGGGCUUUGAAGAUGUUAAAUUUUAAUCCUCUCAGUACUGGUGAGAAUAGGAAGUUGGAGCUGCAUGCUCUUGAUGAAUUGAGGCUUCAAGCCUAUGAAUCAUCCAAGCUGCUCAAACUCUUCUCUGGAAAACUAAGAUCUAAAUGGUCUGGCCCUUUGAGAGUCAAGGAGGUGAAACCCUAUGGUGCCAUAGAAAUUGAAGAUCCUGAGGCACAAAGAAGCUGGGUUGUGAAUGGACAGCGACUGAAACCCUACUUGGGUGGAGAAGUUGAAAGACUCUGUUGUAUCCUUUCUUUCAGAGACCCUUGA